AGAACAGUCUGUUCUUGUUGUUGAGCGCUUGAGUGGGGACUGUUUCGCGUCCGUCUACUGCGGCUGUGCGUUUUCUCUUUCCGUUUCCGUCCCCUCAAGUGGGCCGCUGAGGGUUGCUAGGCAUCAGCCCCUGGGGGUACUUUGGAGUAGGGUCGCUGCGGCGGUUGGGACGGAAGAAAGGAGCCGCCCGCGUCCCGGCUUUUUGGAGAAGGGUCGGAGGUGCCGACAGCCCUGAAGUGGAAAAGAGGGAAGUGACUUGUACAAGUAAAGACUAACAGUGAGGAUUAAUAUUUGGAUUAUUUCAAGAUGAGCUUCCUGUUGCCCAAGCUGACUAGCAAAAAAGAAGUAGACCAGGUGAUAAAAAGUACUGCAGAGAAGGUGCUGGUCCUCAGGUUUGGGAGAGACGAGGAUCCUGUCUGUCUGCAGCUAGAUGAUAUUCUUUCUAAGACCUCUUCUGACUUGAGUAAAAUGGCUGCUAUAUAUCUGGUAGAUGUGGACCAAACUCCAGUUUAUACACACUAUUUUGACAUCAGCUAUAUUCCAUCUACUGUGUUUUUCUUCAAUGGGCAGCAUAUGAAAGUGGAUUAUGGGUCUCCAGAUCACACUAAGUUUGUGGGAAGUUUCAAAACCAAACAAGACUUCAUAGAUUUGAUUGAAGUAAUUUAUCGAGGAGCAAUGAGGGGAAAACUGAUUGUCCAAAGUCCUAUUGAUCCCAAGAAUAUUCCCAAAUAUGACCUUCUCUAUCAAGACAUUUAGCACAUUCACUCCUAUCAAAGUUGAAGAGAAAGGCACAUCUUGAAACAGAACCUGAUGUGUGCUGCUUUUCCGGAGUCCUUCAGGAGCGUGCUCAGUGUCCCAGCAGAUGAGAGGUUUGACUUGUUUAGAAAAUACUGACCCCCAAGUGGAAGACCGAGCCAGUACUGUGAUGAUCAGGUGCCUACAUGCCUACUCCCCGCAGACUUCAGAGCAGUCCAUCAACCGUGCUCAGUUUCCCAGCGUGAUUUUCUUAACUUCUCUUUAGACUGUGCUUUUCUUUAUCCCUUAUUGUAAUACAGGAGCCUCCUAAACAAUGGCUGGUACAAUUUGAUUUAACUGUGUUUGAUACACAAGUAAAAUGGAAGGUCAACUCCCAUAAGAACAAAAAUACUUACCUUCUACCUGGCUGUACACACACACCCUCCUUCACCCUCAGCCUCACCCCUUCUUCCACUCAUAUAUUUAUAGUCCUCAUGCUCUCCUACCUCCAGUCUUUAUUAUUCUAGUUUCUCUUGGAAUAAAUAAUUCUCUACUGUA